AUGUCUGUUCAAAAUUUAGAAAAUAAAGUUAUAUUAACUCAUGGUUCCGGCUCUAGCGCAGAAGUUUAUUUAUUUGGAGCGACUGUGACUAGUUGGAAAGUUUCCGGUUUGGAAAGAUUAUUUUUGAGUAAAAAAGCAAUACUUGAUGGAACUAAAGCAAUACGUGGUGGAAUCCCGUUAGUUUUUCCACAAUUUGGAACUGCCAAAAAUCCAAACGAUGCCAGUGCAAAAUUACCACAACACGGUAUCGCACGUAUUUCCACAUGGGAAAUUUUGAGCACGACGAGUGGUACUAGUGUUAGUAAUGGGGAUGAAGAAGUUACUGCGACAUUUGGGCUGACUGAUUCGCAAAUAUCAAAUAAUCUUCGAGAAGCAUGGCCGAAAAAAUUUCAAUUAAUUUAUACCGUUUCAUUGACCGCUCGUACAUUAAAAACGUCGCUCGAAGUGAAAAAUGAGGAUAAUGAACCAUUUAAUUUUCAUGUUCUUUUCCAUACUUAUUUCUCGGUUCCGGACAUUUCAAAAGUAUCCAUACUUGGUCUCUCAAAUCUCACAUACACGGAUAAAGUAUUGAAUGGAACUCGUGCACUUGAAUCUCGCGAGAAAAUAACAAUCGAUCAAGAGGUGGAUCGAGUGUAUGAGAAUGUGGCGAGUGAUGAGAUUGUUGUUGAUUUGCAAGAAGGAAAAGGCAAUUUUCAUGUGAAACCCUCGAAUCUCCGAGAUACAGUCGUGUGGAAUCCAUGGAUCGAUAAAUCACGAGGGAUGUCUGAUUUUGAUGAUGAAGAAUAUAAAUUGAUGGUUUGUGUGGAAACUGGCACAGUGGCUGAUUAUAUUCCUCUAAGUCCGGGGCAUAACUGGCAAGGAAGUCAGAUUUUGUCUGUCGAUAUUUAA